AUGAUUUUACAGAAUGCAGUGGUCUCCUCCUGGACACUCAGUGUCGCCAUAUUGAGGGCAGAAAACAUUCGAUCAAUGGACUUUUGUUCUGAGAAUGAUUGCUAUGUCACUCUGACUUUGCCACCUGCGAUUGUUUUUAAGACAAAUACUGUGGCCAACAGCAACAAUCCAGAGUGGAACAAAACCUUUUAUUUCAAGCUCUACAGUAAUCUUCAGAAUAUUCUUCAGAUACAUUUGUAUGAUGAGGACCCCAUUUUUGACUAUGUGAUUCAAAGAAUCAUGUUUGAUAUCAGCACUCUUAAAGUGGGCAAGAAGGAAAUCAAGGAAUUUGCCAUCCAGCCUCAGGGUAAACUUUGGAUAUCCUUUGAGCUGCAUGAAAGUAAUUUGAUGAAAGUUGUCAGUCCCCACAAAGAUGGUCAUUUGGGCCAAGUAAGUUGUUCUUACUGGAAAUUAAAUGUGACCAUCCUAAAAGCCAAAACAAGCUAUUCCAGCGAUUACUUUUCAGAGUCAGACUGCUAUGUCACUCUUUGUCUUCCUACGGCGACUGCAAGUAUUUUCAACACAACAACAGUGCAAAAUAACUGCAAUCCAGAGUGGAAUGAAACUUUCACCUUUAGAGUGCCCUCCCAUUUGAAAAAUGUUUUAGAAAUCAGGCUGCAUGACAAGGACCCAAUUUCAUACGAUGACCUCAUUUCAACCAUUCUGUUUGACCUGAGCAACCUCACAAUGGGAAAGAAGGAAACUGUGGCAUUCACCUUGGAUACAAAGACAACUGACCACAUUUUAAUAGAGUUUGAGAUGCUCCACAGUGAAGAACCCUCUUGUGAAUAUCACAGCAAUGGCAUCCUCCUGGCUGCCCCAUUCUCUGUUUUGGACAUCGAUGUUGACAAGCUACUAAACAAUUCUGAUGUUCUGGGUAAAGUGAUGACACUUCGGGGCGCCUUUCCUGAGAAUCAGACUUUAUUGGCUCAGGAAAUCACCAAGCUGCGUUUUUACAUCAACAGAGAUUUGGAGACUGAACUGGGAGUCUCAUCCUCUGCUGAUAUCAAAUUGAAUUUUACAAGGCUUCAGCCACUACCACCUGAACACAAAAGCAAAGUUUCCCUUGUUAUUAAUAAGGACACAGUGGACUUAAAUAUGGAGACACAUGAAUGCAAUGAUGACGAUAUUGCAGUUCGUUUGGAUUUUGACAUUCCACAACAAGAGAAAGAGUAUUUGAAAAAGAGAAAGCUUGUUGUGGGACAGAAAAUGCAAGAGCUCUUUGGCUUAGAUUCUCCACCAUCACCAGAUCAGGUGCCAACUAUAGCAUUGGUGGGUUCUGGGGGAGGAUCAAGAGCAAUGACAGGCCUACUUGGUAGUUUGAAAAGCCUGAAAGAAAUACAAUUACUCGAUACUGUCUCUUAUAUCACUGGAGUAUCUGGAUCAACUUGGGCUAUGACUGCUUUGUCCAAAGAUGAAAACUGGUCACAGGAUGGCAUCGACAGUACCAUCGCUGAACUAAGAAAAGAGCUAUGUAAGAAUGUCCUGAGUGUCUUCUCUACAGAGAAAAUGGAAUAUUAUAGGCAAGAAAUGAAAGAAAAAAUGAAUGACGGGCACAUUAUGUCACUUACUGAUAUGGCAGGCCUGAUUUAUGAACACAUUGCUUUUGGGAAAAAAAUUACCAAUACCCUCUCUGAGCAGCAGAGGACGGUAAAUGAAGGCCAAAACCCUUUCCCCGUAUACACUGCUGUCAAUAUGAAGGAGAAGAGUGGCUUUGAUUCAGAACCUGAGUGGUGCGAGUUUACCCCCUAUGAGGUUGGGUUUCAAAAGUAUGGAACUUUUGUACGAGCUGAGGACUUUGGCAGCCAGUUCUUCCUGGGUCAUCUUGUCAAAAAACUUCCAGAAGUUCGGAUCCCUUAUCUUAUUGGAAUAUGGAGCAGUUGCUUUUCAGUCAACCUAACUCAAUUGUUCACGCUCGCCACUGGUUCGGAAACUGAGUCUCACUCCUGGUUUGGGCCAGAUAUCAACAACAUAGAGACUGAUGAUGAGCCUUCAACUCUUGAUACACACCUCAUAGAUUCACCUACAGAUGUAUCCAGAAUCAUCAGUGAUUUCUUGAGGAAUCGCCCAAUUAGUUCUAAAGUCUACAAUUUCAUGAAUGGCCUCCUUCUGCACAAAAACUACAAUGCCAGUAGAAACUUCAGAGCCUGGAAAGAAACACACAUUAAUGCAUUUCCAAACUUACUGACACCGAGAGACUCCAUUCUACAGCUCAUCGAUUCCGGUCAUCACAUAAAUGUUGGCUGUGCCCCUGUCCUACGUCCGGAGAGAGAAGUGGACAUUAUCAUAUCCCUUGAUUAUUCCUGGAAUCCAGACAACAUCUUCAAGGAACUAAAGAUGACAGCAUCUUACAGCAAAGACCAUGACAUUCCUUUCCCUCUUGUCGAUUUUGCUACUCUGGAAGAUGCACCAACAAAGGAGGUUUAUAUCUUUGAAGAUAUAGAAAAUCCCAAGGCACCAGUUGUGAUUCACUUCCCGCUUGUCAAUGUUUCAUUCAAACAGUUCAAACAACCAGGUGUAAAGCGCAAAACUGAGGAGGAACUCAAAGAUGGAGAGGUGGAUGUGCACAGCAGCAAUUCUCCAUUCACCACUGGUAAUCUCACCUAUACAGAGGAAGAUAUUAACUCUCUGGUGCAGUUGACAUCUUAUAAUGUUGCCAACAACAAGGAAAUCAUCAUGGAAACAUUCCACAAAGUCUUGAAAGCUAAAAUUGCAUCAGAGAAAGGGAAGUGAGACAUGAAAAUGCUUGAUGGUUGAAUUUAUAAAUUCAGCAUUACGCAGUUCUGUGGACAUGGCUUAGUCCACCGUAUUCAAAACUCAUUUCCAAUACUCUUUGUUAAGGUUUAGCGCCUACAAAUACUCUACUACUAUUAGUGUGGAUCUAGAUUUAUAUUGACUGAAUGAAAUGUACUUUUGGUAUAUUAAUAGAGCAGUCCACCUCCCAGAAUUAAAGUGGACCCAACAUUUAUUACUCUCAUCAAAACAGUUGCCUCGUAAUCGGAAAAAAUUUGGCGCUCCUGGAUUUCAUUUUACUUUGUUCAUUAGAUUUGCAUUUGGGUGGCUGUUCCAGUUAUGUGUGUUCAUUUGAUUAUUUUUAAAACUACAAAUCGAAUUAUGGCUUUGGACAAUUGCAUAGUAUUGGAGUACUGUAGAAUUUACAUGAAUAAGACUGCUUUGGCAGUCUUAGGGAGACAAUGGGAUUGAAAAUGGAAUUACAGUUAUUCAAUUAAUGUCUAGUUACUAGGGUGAGAAAGCUUUGGAUUUUUUUGUGCCUAAAUAAAUGGAAUUUUCAUUUGAAAACUGAGAUUUGUAUUUCUUUGGGUUUUUGUCCGAGUUAUAUUAAAACUGGUUUGAUUUGAAAACUUUGUCUGUAAUAGAUAUGCAAAAAAAAAAAAAUGAAAUCAGAAGGGGGUGGGUGUAUACAGUUUCAUGGCACUGUAGAGCCCAGUCGGGAAAAUAUAACAUUAAAUU